UGAAAAAAGAAAAGUUGAAAUCAAAAAGGAAGAAGAGAAAUUAGGUCAUCUUUUCCCAGAGAGGCCGCCUUCUCUCAAGCCAUCAGUCUUCUACUUCUAGUCGGCUGCUCUAUUACGGGGUUCCCUCUUUCCUUGGCUCUGCUCGCUUGUCUACGCUCCGGCCCAGCAAGUAAUAAUUGUUGUUUUGAUUUCUUAGUGGGUAAGAUUCAUUAAGAAUCAACAUAUCUAGUUCAUUGAUUGUUCAUACGGAUCUUCCGAAUCACUUUGGAGAUUUCCCCUCUAAAGGAUUUUUUUUUUUUUUUUUUUUUUUUAAAGACCAACAAAAACAGUGACUCGUUUUAAGUUAAACAUAUUAUGUCUUCCUUUCUAGUCUCCGAAAAAAUUAAAACAGAACGAAUUGAGGGCAUGAGAAACGGCAACGGAGCAGAGGAACACAACAACACAUUAGUGAGUACGGAAGUGAAGGAUGAUAUAAUUCGGGAGAUCACCUCCCGCUUGCCCUUGAAGUAUGCAGUUCAAUGUAAAGUUUUAAACAAGGAUUUUAAUAGAUGCAUUUCUGAUCCUGGGUUUUCCCAAUCUUUGCUCCAACAUGAAAUGGAUUGUUCUACACAACUCAUCUUUACAUCAAAUGUUUUAUUCAAAUAUUUUCACAAAAUAUCCUUAAACCCAAUCCCAAUCACUCAUGGUGCGACGACUUUGCCCUAUGACGUUGAACUUUUAGCCUCAUGCAAGGGUCUAAUUCUCUUUGACUUUGAUGAAAUUAUGGUUUACUGUGUUUUCAAUCCGAUAACUGGAGCUCACCGAUUAAUACCGUACCCCGAGCCUACAACUUUUAUGAUGAUUGGUGAACCAGGCCUAGCUGUUUAUUAUCCUAGUUCAGAUCACUAUAAAUUGGUAACCAUCAGUAAGAUGGCUGAUCCCAAUUUGGUUUACAAAUUUCACGUACUUUCAUCAGUGCGAUCUGGCUCGUGGCGUGAAAUCCCACUGAGAAGCAAUACUUUCAGUGAUUUGGCCGUCGGUAGUCGACCUGUUUACUGGCGCGGUUCUCUGUAUUGGCUCAGAAGUGACGGUAGUGUUAUAACUUUUGAUACAAAUAGAGAAGAGGCUAUAAUUCUUGACCGUCCGGAAUUUAUUGAUGAUUUUGGUAUCAUCUACGGUAAAAUUUUGACAGGUCGUGAUAUAUGGUUAGGAGUGGCUCAAGGUUCACUUACACUUGUUUGCAUAUUCAAGAAGUCCAUUGUCAUUGCUGCUUAUGAGGAUGCAAGCAGCAGUUGGAACGUUUCCCACCCUCUGGACAACUUCCUUCCGUGUCCGGACGGCUUUAUUAAUGGCUUUCCAGUCAUGAUUGACAGCAAACAAGUGUUUUUCGCAGUAAAAGGUCCCCUGUCAAUUUAUCAUGAUCUUUACGAGUAUGAUACUGAGAUCAAUUGGGUUAGGAAAGCUGCAGGGUUGGGCCUAGUUGAUUAUCCCCUGCAUUCCUUCCAACCAACAUUAGCCAGCGUUCACGCGACACCCUCGGAAAUUGUAAACAGUCAUCAUUUCUCAUAUAUCACAGCAAAGAUAGAUCAGAUCAGAAGAUAUAUUACCGAAGGUGUUUCCACAGUAGAAGAAGAAGACGACGAAAGUUCUUCAGAAUCAGAAGAAGAAGAAUCAGAUGAAGAAAUAUUGUAAUAGACGUGGCUUCUGCCCAUCACUAUCUUCACCAUGAUUAUUUUCUGUUCUCGUGAUGACUUAAUUUGUGAGUAUUCUUUAGAAAAUUGCUAUUCCAGUGAGAUAAGGUUGAAAUGAACAAUAAAUAUAGCUACCCAGACUCUGAAGUCAUUGACAACUCUUUGAGAAAUGAAGGAUGAUGACUAUUACAUACGGGGCUUAGUCAAUGUUUUAUUUAUUCAUUAGAUGUUGAAUUAAAUGGCAGAGGUUUCUUCAAGAGCCAUCUCUUCACCUUUCUGCCUUGAAAAAUAA